UAUUCCCUAGUCAAAUUUCACUUUCACUUCGACCAUUGAUAAAUCUGCCCCUAAAUGUGUGUUUACCAGUCCCAUUAUGAACAAGCCUUGCUAUGGUUUAGCAGAUAGCCUUUAACAAGUGCACUGUAUUGUUUAGGAUGUAUAUUAAAUUGUUUCAGUUCAGGAUCUGAGAAGUUAUUAUUAGAGGUACAUUAUACAGUUUGAACAAUAUAAUAACCAUUCUUGUCUCUUUGUCUCCUUCUAGUAUGAUCUAUGGUUUGAUUAAAUACACGGCUGACAUAGUGGGGAUACAAAUAGGAAUGGUGAUCAUCACUCGGUGGUUCAAGAUGUAUCCAUUCGCUGAUCGACUGGUAUCCGGUUUAGGACUUUUGGCCUCUGGAUCUUUCAUAUGCAUCUUCCUUUUCAGUGUAGAAAUCAGCUUUACCCUUGCCUAUGGGUUCAUCUUUGUAGGUGGCGUUCUACUGAAUAUAAACCAGGCUGUAGCUACUGACAUGAUACUGUCGGUAGUAAUGCCAAAUUCCCGUGGCACAGCAAUAGCCUUGCAGUCUUUUAUAGCACAGUUAGGAGGAGGGGUAUUUGCCCCAUUUAUCAUUGAGAAGAUUUCUGAGGUGAUCCAGAUGUGGCAACCAGAAACCAGCCCAAUGCACUGCUUGCAACAUGCCUUGAUAAUAUUGACAUUACUGGCAGUGAUUGGAGGAUGCUUCUUCCUCUGUACAAUCUUUUAUGAAGAGGAUCGGAAAGUAGUUGAACAGGCCCGCACCCCAAGCCCACCACCUGAAUUGAACCUACAGGACAUACUGGUGUACGACUCUGAAGAUCCUGGAUAUGCUGCUCAGCCUUCUCUAGAAUUGGCUCCUGAGUCUUCAGAUUCUGCUGCAGAACUACCUGCUCAGCCCCCAGAUCUUGAUACAUGCAGGUUCUGCUGCUUUCCAUUUCUAGGACUGGCUCCUAAGCUUUCAGAUCCUUCUCCAGAGAUACCUGCUCAGCCUCCAGAUCCUUCUCUAGGACUGGCUCCCGAGCCUCCAGAUCCUGCUCCAGAACUACCUGCUCAGCCUCCAGAUCCUUCUGUAGGACUGGCUCCCAAGCCUCCAGAUCCUGCUACAGAACUACCUGCUGAGCCUCCAGAUCCUGAUACAUGCAGGUCCUGCUGCUUUCGCUUUCCCUUUCCUAGGACUGGCUCCUGAGCUUCCAGAUCCUGCUCCAGAACUACCUUCAUUAAUGAAGCCAUGUUUGCCGUUGUUAAUGAUUUCCUGACACGAACCAGGGCUGUGACAAGCAGUUUAUUUCCCUGUCUGUUGUCAGAUUGUUACUACAGCGACUUGUAAGUCUCCAGAACUUGUACAUAUUUAGGGCCAGAUUUAUCAAGGGUCGAAUUUAAAAUUCAUGGGAAUGGGAAACACAUGAGGGAAACGAGGUGGGUGGAGAACAGGGAGGAGAAAACUGUAGACAGGGAGAACACCUGAACAUAUAGCAUAGGAACCAGGGCCAGCCCUAAGAGCCUCCAGUGGCUCAUGGAGUAAGUGCAGCACACAGGGUUCAAGUCCCGGGCUGGUCCUUACAUUACCCCCCCUUGAGGAUCGACCACCGGGCAAUCCCAAAGUCGAAUGCCCCCCCAUACUUUUU